UUAUAAAUGAAUAUCAUUUAUUGGCACUGUUUGUAUGGCUGUCGGCCAAUUAUAAGCCAGUCAGAGAUUAGGUUUGAUGCGGUAAGGAUGUUUUCGUUGGUUGGCGGUUUAUUUGCGUACUGGCUGGUGGUUUCCUGUGCCUUUGCAGCACCAACAGUGCACUUGAUAAAACCGGAGGACGAUGGAUAUUUCGCUCGUGAUUCAGUUUUCCAACAGACGGAACUUCCUCAGGUGGUGGAUCCAGUCUGGAUGACAGUAACAAUGAAGCCACUUGUGAAAACUACUGUAGUCGAUCCAAUCAGUAAAAGAUUGCAACCGUCUAUCGGAACUACUAUCGAGCAGCGCCCUCAACAGCAACAGCCAGUGCAUUACAACCCAUACCCAUACCAUGGCAAUCUACCAACAGUACCCGUAAUUGCACCUAACUCGCCGUCAUUGUACCCGUACCACAUUCCAAGCUAUCAAUACCAACAAAUGAAAUUCCCUCUUCAGUGGUCAUCGGUGGUAUCGCACCCAUACCCAACAUUUCCCCAGCAGCACCAGUUCAGUUCCAACAAUGUAAUUCAACCGUGUGACGAUUCCGGUGUUAGGAAUAUCGGUGGCGGCUAUCAACAGUAUGGUUAUUAGAAUCGCCCGGGAAGUUCUUCAUACUGACAGUGGAACAGACGAGGAUAAGCACACGUCAAACUGCCUUCAAUACCCAACCUAAUUUUACGAAUGAAAUCACUUUAAAGUCCAUCUUCCGCUUCGCUGGUUAAACUGAAAUCAUAACAGAUUCAUUCAAAGUAUCUGCGUUUUGUGAGCCUUUCUACGCACCGGGCAAACCGGAAGGAGGGCUUUGGUAAACACUCGAUUUAGUUUAAACAAUUUUGAUAAGUCGCUCGGGCACGGGCGGAGAGAUUUGUUUUAAUUAUUUCAUUGCUGGAAGGAACACAAAAGAGUUUUUAUUGUAUAAGCAGUGUUUUGAUAUUCUUUUUUUAUCGCUGUUAUAAAUUUGUGCAUGCAAUAGUUAUUUCGCAUGCAAUCAGUUGCAAAUCCAGUCGUUAAGUGACUUUCCAGUUAGGUCAGGUUUUGCAUUAGGUUUACUUUUUAUGCUUGAAUAAAACUAUAGCAUUGUAGUGGGAUA